AUGAACACAUACUUUGACCUUGAAGUGGAAGCCUCCUCAGCAAAUGACUCUGAUGUUAGCAGCCAAGUUGCUUCUAACAUCUCCAUCCAAGAAACAUCUGCUAAUACCUCCAAUGACAGUGCCGCCAACUCCACAAAUCCUGUUGCAGCACAACAAGCGUUGGAGCCUAUUUCCCUUGACUUAACUCUUAGCUUCAGUAAUGAGGACUUGGUGGGAAGGGAUUCUGUAGGACUCUCAUUGUCAAGCACAAGUGAGAGCAGCAAUGAACCUGCAUCUCAAAACACAACAGCAGCCACUCCAAGACUUUUCUCUUGCAAUUACUGUCAAUGCAAGUUCUUGAGCUCACAGGCUCUUGGUGGUCACCAGAAUGCGCAUAAGAAAGAAAGAACGCUGGCAAAGCGCGCUAUGCGAAUGAGUAUGUUCUCUGAGAGAUACACGAGCAUAGCGUCGUUGCCUCUGCAUGGAUCUUCAUUCAGGUCUCUAGGAAUAGAAGCACACUCAUCAGUGCAUCAAGGGUUUGCACCACCAGUGAGGCCUGCUGAGAUUGGAAGCAGUGCAAGAUUUGAACAGGGGUAUUUGGGGGUACCCAUUUUCUUGGUGGAUGAUGGGGCUGAGCUGUUAUGGCCUGGUAGUUUCCGUCGGGCUGCUGAGACAAGUAACACUCAUCCAAGUUUUGUACUGACUCAUGAAAGUUCAAAUUCAAAUUUUGUAGAGGUCACACCGCCCGUGGACGUAGAGACCAUGUCUACACCAGAUCUCACACUGAAACUUUGA